AAAGGAAAAGGAUUUAUCCCUGGAAGAAAAAAGAAAACAAAAUGGCGACAUAAGAGAAGAACUCAUGGCGGCAAGGCGUAAUCUGUUUGCGCCGAAAUAUUUUUUGCCUGGUCGCGCAGUUACAUUGUAACGGAACCGGUUUAAAGGUAUGUCAACGCGAGCUGUCAAAUGGAACCGUUUGCCGUGCGGUUGUUUGAAGUGUUCAUUUCGAAAGAUCGUAGUAGGCAUGGAAAUUGUAUGCCGUACACGGUGAGCCCCGCCGAAUCGAAACUAUAUUACGUAAUGGAGCCUUUCGAGAAGCUGAACACACGGACCUCAACGCCAAUAAAAAACAUAGAAAAUCCGAUCCAAAUGGAACGCACGGCCGUCCUGGAGGACAUUUCAAUGGGGGAGGAUACACCCGACGAGCUGCAGGCAACGGUCGUCGUGCCCGUUAUGCCCGAGGAAGCGGACGAAAACAUGGAGGCUACUGAGGACAACUCCACGCUGAAAAUGGACGACGCCCUGGCAGAAGAUACGGCGGAGUACGAUUCACUUGAUGACGAGCUGUCUUGGAUGCUCGAUCAAACAUGGAUUUCCAGGCGUCCUGCUCGUUCGGAUAGCACUCUGGGCAUGCUAUCGAGAUCGAUGUUAAGCUCUAGUGAUGAGGACACCCCGGCCGAAAAAUGGCCGCCAUAUACACCCAGGCAAAAGCGUCGGGUAUCGUUUGAUGAUAGACCGGUAACUUUCGGUGACAGAGGGGUAAAACGCCCUCACCCCCCGGGCCCAUCGUCGGAUUCGUCCGAUGAUGACGAUAGUUCCUUCUGGGCGUGCUUCCGUCGCAGACAGAAGUCGCCGAAAUCUCCCGAGCCGGGGCCAUCGGGGCUGCAGAAACGGCGCCCACCAACACCCGCAAAGGAUGCCGAGUAAUGACGGGGCUCCAAGUUAAUUCCUAAAUUCCGAACGAACUAUCAGUUCUUAAUUGUUUACGUUUCGUUAAUUAAUAAAAAUACAUAAAUCAUCGUUUAUAGAUGUUGAUCUGCAGCAUAUGUGUUGCAUCCUGAUUAGAACGUAGCCUAACCGUGCGCUCUAUGCCGUCUGGGAACUGACAGCAUCCGAUGUGUAGUGGAUAUGGCUGUCCCGCUCUAGCGACGAUCGGGGAUGCGCUUUAAAAGCGUAGAAGUUCGUGAGUAAGGAUCAUGCGGAUCCUGGAAGACUCUCUGCUCAUCACGGUUCCGGGACAGACGUGGCUCGCGCGCGGUCUCGUAUUAUACGUUUGUUUUUAAUGUUCGUUUUAUUGUGUUUUAUGUGAAAUAAAAAUAAGUACCAGUGCACAAACACAAUAGUGGCGACGAGAAUUAGUGGAAACGAUCGACGUCAAGCAGAGAAACGCCGCAGAAUGUUCAGCCCAGAAGAGACGCCUAUCACCGAGGAGCAGCGUCGUCUCUCACAAAAUGGAAUUAAUGCCGGGUUCAACAACCUCCAGCUAGCGCAGCACGUGUCAUCGGAUCCAACGCGGCUGCAACAAACGCUGCAACUUUUGCAACAGCAACUGGUUCAACAGCAGCAGCAAAUGGCACAGCAACAGCAGUUACAGCUCGUGCAACAGCAACAACAGCAAAUGCAGCCACACACCCCGGACCAGCAACCUGUGUCAAAGUCGAGCAACCCGGAG